GAAGGUACAUAUCAACGUCAUUCCAUCCCAAGAAAGUUUGUUGUGAAAUUCAAGCUACCAUAGCAGGAGACUGAUUAGUUGAAUUUUUCAUCUGUUCUAUUUUUAUUUGAAAAUAUUUUGAAAAUGAUUUGUUUUACUGGUUUAGUUGUUGUAUUGACUUGCUGUGGAUUUCAAGAUGGGACAUGGGCGAUGCCAGAUGUCAAUUUUGGAGAAUACCACAGCGUAUCAUCAUCUCAGAUUUUAGCAAACAGGGAAAUUCCUAGCAUAGAUGAGUUCCUUGAUAACAUGUCCGAAAAGUACGCCAUCAUAGAGAAGGAGAUUGAAGAGUUGCAACAACACACCUCAACAUUUACUGAGCAGCACUCUAUUGAUUGCCAUUCAUCUAGAGCUUCUCAACUAAUGUCAAUGAAAAGGAGCUACGAUUUCUGUAACGAUCUGACCGAAAAACUUAAAAAACUGAAAAACGCAACAAUUAAUUCCUUAGAAAUUAUUUCAGAGAUUGGAUACUCGUCCAGUGAGAUUAUUAGUGGCGGUAUUCGAUGCUUCACUUAUGAGUCAUCAUCAAGCCAACUUAGCUGCUUCAUAGAACUGUUUUUGCACUCCAGAUUGUUUUUCGAAGAAAUAACGCCCAAGAUUUUCAAAUUAAUGAAUAGCGCACAUGUUUUUGUCAGGCUGAUCAAUUUUGAAACGUUCUACUGCUUGUUUCACCAUCAUAUAGAUACAAAUACUGCAAAGGAGAUAGCUCAAACCUACCUAAAAUGUAGUAUUGAUUCAUAGGUUCUAAGGUUGUACAGUUGUAAAUAAAAUGUUUCGUAAUAU